CAUGCAACCACAACGAUGCCACUUCCUCCCAUCAUAGCCCUUUAUAUAUAGCACUGUAUUUUCAACGGCUGGGAUUUCCUCUCUCUCUCUCUCUCUUUUGGAGAAUCUCUUCUCUUCUCUUCUCUUCUCCUCUUGGCUAUCCACACAAACAUACUUAGCUUCAUUUCCAUAGUUUCAAACCAAGUGUUUCUCCUGCCUGCUCUGUGUAAGGAUAUGAACUGGGUUCUUGAAUUUUCUUGAAUUUGGUAUAUCUAGAAUUUGAACUCCAGUAAAAUCUCUGCUCUUCAUGAUAACUGCAGGAUUGGGAAACUGGGAUAGUGAAAAGUAUUGUUUUUUAAAUGUUGGUGAGAUUUAGGGUUCUUGAUUCUUGGAGGAUUGAAUAGAUGGUCAUGGAAAGAAAUGUGAGGGUGAUAUGUGAGGCUUCAGGGGAUAAAUUGAAGGGUAAAACCCAAUCUGUUUUCCUGGAUCCAAAUUUGUUUAAUUGCUUGAACAUUAGUGAAACCCUCGCAGACUUGAAUGGAAUAACCUCGAGCCUAUGUGAUGAAGGCCUGCCAAAUUUUCUGGACCCUACUGUUAUUGAUCAAAACCGAUGUAUUGAAAAUUUAUAUGGUGAAAGCAUAUCGAAGUUUUCAGACCCAGUUUUGAUUGAAAACUCGAGAGUUGAGCAAAGUUUUCCAGAUCCAAUUUUGGUUGGUAGUCUGAAUGUUAGCCAAACCUGUUUGGAUCGAAACGAACUCGCUGAAAAUUUAAAUGGUCAGGCUGUAUCGGAUUUUCUGGAUCCCGUUCUGAUCGAAAACCUGAGAAUUAGCCAAACUUCAGUGAAUCAAAACGGGCUCACGGGAGUUUUAAAUGAUGAUGGUCCAAGUGUUAUGGAUCUGCAUUUGAUUAACAACAGUCUCGGAGUUUGUGAGGACUUGUUGGAUCGAAAUCAGUUUGCAUUUCCACCGCUCCAAUCUGAUCCCAAGUUAAACGUUGUAGCCCCAUCAAACGAGGACUUUGAUUUUAACGAUGGAGAUCUUAACUAUAUUGGCCAGAUGCUCAUGGAAGAAAACAUGGAAGAGAAGGUGUGUAUGUUUCAAGAAUCUACUGCCCUCCAAGAUACCGAAAGAUCGUUUUACGAGGCUAUAGGUGAGAAGUAUCCACCGCCCGCUGCUCAUUAUACAGUUUCCAAUUCCAAUCAAAAUGGAAUCUUGGUUGAUGGCAAUUACGAGGCUAUAUCUCGGUUGUCCUACAGCACAUCAAGCAGCUCGGGCACCGUAAACGAUGGCCACGUUGAUUCUCCCGUGAGUACGUUAAGGAUUCCCGAAUUUUGUAAUAGCAAGGAGUUGCCCGUUGAUUAUAGUGGGAAGAAGCGAAGUGCGGAGAAAAAUGAAGUGGAAGUUAAUAUGGAGAAGAAUUACGAGGGGAGAAGUAACAAGCAGUCGGCAGUUUCAUCCGACUCGACUCUUAAACCGGAAGUCUUUGACAUGGUGUUGCUAUGCAGUGGAGGGAAGAACGAAUCGGCUCUUCGUCAGGCCUUGCAGAUCGUAUCGAGAAAAAACGAUGAUUCGAAGGCAUCCAACGGGAAGAAAUCCCGAAGAAAGAAACCGAGAGGUAAAAGAGAGACGGUGGACUUGAGAACGCUUUUGACGCUUUGUGCAGAAGCCGUCGUAGCCGAUGAUCGUAGGAAUGCGGGCGAGUUUCUGAAGCAGCUGAGGCAACAUUCGAGCCAAACGGGGGACGGUAUGCAAAGGCUGGCUCAUUACUUUGCGGAUGGUCUCGAGGCAAGGAUGGCUGGCUCCGGGACCCAAAUAUAUAAAGCGCUUAUAACCAAACCUACAUCGGCUGCUGAUAUCCUAAAAGCGUAUCAGCUAUUUCUUGCCAUCUGUCCAUUCAGGAAGAUCUCGAAUUUCUUCUCGAACAAGACAAUCAUGAAUCUAGCCCAAAGUGCAACAUCGGUGCAUGUUAUUGAUUUCGGUAUCCUUUACGGUUUUCAAUGGCCUUGCUUCAUACAACGUCUUUCCUCCUCGAGACGUGGUGGACUACCUCCGAAACUUCGUAUAACCGGAAUCGAUCUUCCACAGCCGGGGUUUCGACCAGCCGAGAGGGUUGAGGAAACGGGGAAACGCUUGGCUAAUUAUGCCGAGAGGUUCAAUGUUCCAUUUGAGUUUAAUGCUAUAGCGAAGAAGUGGGAAACGAUUAAAAUCGAGGAUAUAAAGAUAAACAAGGGCGAGGUUCUUGUAGUUAACUGCCUAUUUAGGCUUAGGAAUCUCCUUGACGAGACCGUGGUUGUGAACAGUCCGAGAGAUAUUGUUUUGAAGCUCAUCCGGGAGUUGAAUCCACACGUUUUUAUACAGGGGAUUGUCAACGGUGCUUAUAAUUCCCCCUUCUUUAUCACGCGGUUUCGAGAGGCUUUAUUUCAUUUCUCGUCUUUGUUUGACAUGCUCGACACUAAUGUUCCCCGCAAUAUCCACGAGAGGAUACUGAUUGAGAAGACGAUAUUUGGGCAGGAAGCAAAGAACGUUAUUGCGUGUGAAACCGCGGAGAGGGUCGAGAGGCCCGAGACAUACAAGCAAUGGCACGUUAGGAACAUGCGGGCGGGAUUUCUUCCACUUCCUUUGAACAAGGAGAUCAUGAAGAUGUCCAGAGACCGGGCCAAGGUAUACAACAAGGAUUUUGUAAUUGAUGAAGACGGGGAAUGGCUUCUUCAAGGAUGGAAGGGACGCAUUGUCUAUGCACUUUCCUCCUGGAGAUCCGCUUCUUGAUUUUGCUUAAGAUCGUCGUUCUAUCUAUCAACAAGAAGCAUGCAAGCUCGACUAAGCUCAUCUCUUCUUUUGCAAGCUGAGGUAGUGGCUAAGUGGAUGCAUAGAUUGGUCAUUUGGAAGUGCAUCAACGACAAAGACAACCAACCAUCCACCCAAAUAUACGCACACCAGAAACAGAACCUAAACAGUCGCAAGUAUAGGAAUUUGCAUUGCAUGUUUACAUCUGUAAAUACUUGCGACUUUUGCCAAUGAUAUUUUAGUUGUAUGUAAAUAUGAACCUUUUGUCAAGAGCAUAUAUAUCCAGAAUCAGAUCAAAGCUCUGAAUGGGUUAUAUCUGGCCUUUAGGUAUUGAAUCUUGGUUGUUAUAAAAAGUACUAUCUGCAGUUCUUAGAUCACAUAUUUUCUUCUGCUA